AUGAGGAAGUUCACCGGGAACGUAAAGCGUAACCGGGAUGACAGCCCCGAAAGGACGUGUAUCACGUUGGUGCGCGCAACGUUGCUACCCAUCCUGAGCAUCGACAAAAAUGAGAAGACGACGCUGUUUCACCCUUUUAAAAAUCCGCUCCCUGGGUUCGUGAGCGACAAAAGCCUAUAUGUUAAGAAAACUCUGGGCGCAAAGGUUAGGCGUACAGGAUGGAUAAACCUUACCAACUGCAUCCCAAGGAGAUCUGAAGGAGCAGAACCGGAUGAGCAGAAGGAGAACGAAAUAAAGGACUUUGUACCACUAAUCUUGUAUGAGGAUGAAAACAACAAAAUAGAAGUAGAUCCCAUUUUAGCUCAGUUCCUGCGGGAACACCAACGGGAAGGAGUUACCUUUGUCUUCGAAUGCUUAAUGAACCUAAGGGAUGAAAAAAUAAGUGGAUGUAUCUUGGCAGAUGAUAUGGGGUUAGGAAAAACACUCCAAAGCAUUUCUGUGUUGUAUACACUGCUAAAACAAGGGAUCAAUAAAAAGCCCGCUGUUAGAAGGUGCCUGAUUCUAUGCCCAGCUAGCUUAAUUAAUAACUGGAACGAUGAAAUAAAUAAAUGGCUACCUGGUAGAUGUAACGUGACUUGCGUUAACGACAAUGCAAAAGAGAAAAUACUAAGCAAGUUAGAAGGAUUUAAAUAUGAUUAUAAAUCCACUGUCAUCAUAUGUUCAUAUGAAUGCUUCCGUAUUAACAACGAAUCCCUAGACAAGUCCUCCAUAGAUAUGAUAAUAUGUGAUGAGGCACAUCGGUUAAAGAACGACAAGACCAAGACCUAUAUGAGCAUUUAUAAUUUGAGUGCUAGGAAGAGGCUUCUUCUCUCUGGUACUCCAAUACAAAACGACCUAAGUGAAUUUUUCGCUUUGAUUUCUUUAUGCAAUCCUGAUCUCUUUGACGAUACCAUUUUGUUUAGAAAGAAAUAUGCUAACCCCAUCUUAAUUGGAAGAGAUAAAGACGCAACGGAGAAAGAACAACAGAUCGCGUCGGAGAGAUUAGCCGAACUGUCAACCAUAACAAAUAAGUUCAUCCUCAGAAGAACAAACAAUCUACUCUCCAAAGUACUACCUGUAAAAUACCUUAUUAACAUCUUUAUUAAAUUGAAUCCGAUACAAGAAGCUUUGUAUAUGCUUUUUUUAAAAGACAAGAGAAUAUUGAAAAAUGACCAGAGCACGAACAGAGUGAAUGUACUUAUCAAUAUAAAAAAAUUGGAGAAGAUAUGCAACCAUCCUCUCCUUCUUAAUGCUAAUGAUAUAAAGGAUGUCGGACAGGUGUCCUUCGCUAAGCUCAUUGAGGAGGCCGCGAAGGAAUUGGAGAAGAAGCCAGAGCGGGGUGCCAAACGGGCAAAUGCACGUAGUGGAGGAACUAGCCCAGGUGGUGCAGGUGCGGCGGGAAAACUUUCUCCAGAAAACAACACACAGGGGGACCGGGAAUGCAAUCGGGAUCGAGACCGUGAUCGAGACCGUGAUCGAGAGCGCGAUCGGGACCGUCGAAGGGCUGUGGAAAUGGAUUAUGACAAACCGGUGAAAAAGCUCCUCGAGGAAUGCAGGAAAGAUACGCACAGAUCCUAUUACAACAUGUCCUGCAAAUUUCAGUUGCUACACUUCCUCCUAAAAACGAUUAAACAGAACACCACAGAUAAGGUAGUCAUCGUAAGUAAUUACACACAAACUUUAGACUACAUGGAAAUUCUAUGUAGAGAGAAUUCGUACAAAUUUGUCCGGCUAGAUGGUGGAAUCAACAUAAAAAAAAGGCAUAAGGUUAUUAAUGAUUUCACACACUCAAACGACAUUUUUAUAUUUCUUCUUUCUUCUAAAUCUGGAGGGUGCGGUAUCAACCUGAUCAGUUCGAAUCGUUUGGUUCUGUUGGACCCGGACUGGAACCCUGCUAAUGAUAAACAGGCUCUAGCCAGAGUAUGGAGAGAAGGGCAAAAGAAGAUCUGCUACAUCUAUAGAUUCUUCUGUACAGGUACCAUCGAUGAAAAGGUAUAUCAAAGACAGAUAAGUAAGGAUGGACUGUCCUCCAUGAUUGUUACCAAUACGAAUCUAUGCAAAGAUCAACUAUCCGACGAGAAUGUGAAGAAACUCUUUAAUUACAGAAUGAAUACUCUUUGUGAGACACAUGAUAAUAUUGAAUGCACUAGGUGCACUAUUAAAAACUGCACCGAGAAAAAUGAAGAAAACUUCUCGGAGCAGUUGGAAGAUUUUGAAGAAGAGGAUGUAAACACCUGGGCACACCACCAAAGUGUAGAAACUGUUCCUGAUGAAAUUCUAGUAAAGGCUGUCAAGGCCGCUACUGAUUACAAGAUAAACGACAUGAACAAUUUUCCCGUUUUGAAGAAAUUAUCCGAUCUGUUUGUUACCUUUGCCAUGAGCUGUAAAAUUGAGUUUCGGGACGACUUGAUUAAACAAAAGGCGCAGAAGCAGGCAGAGCUCAAGUCGCUCACAGGGCACUCCGCCGCGGCGGAGGGGCGUGACGUUCGCGGGGAGAGCGGUGCAGAUGACGACGAGGACGACGAAGCUGACGUGGAGGAUGACGAUGAAGAGGAUGAGGAAGAGGAGGAUGAAGAUGACGAAGCGGACGGGGAGAAUGUAGAGGUGAAUGGGGGCGACCGAGCAGUGGCAGGGGAACCCCCCAAACGCGCCGACAAAACGCGCAAACAAGGGUAUCAACACAAACUUAUGGAGAUUAUGGAGUACCAACUGGAGCGGAGAAAGGAGAAGGCCCAGGGGGCGGGAGACGACGAAGAGGAACCUGCGUGGGCUACGAGCACCUCCUUUCAUGGGAAAGACAAAACCAAGAAGGAGGACAAAACGAAGAGGGAGGACGGAGCCAAGAGGGAAGAUGCUAAUCAACAACCAUCGAGGGAGAUGCAACCUAUCCAAAAGAAGGACGGGAAAAUAAGUAGCAAAGGAAAGUCCAAGUCAUACGAGGAGGUCGUGGGCCAAGAGGAAGAUUCCGCUUCCAUGCGAGUCACGCGAAACAUGAGCCAUAAAAACUUGAUAGAACUUCUGUCGCAGGAUGAGGAAUCCAAGGUGACUCUUCUCUCCAUGUCGGAGGACGCUGACGCCUCCGUGGAGAAUGUAAGUACGGAUAGUUCGUACUUGAUAUAA